AUGGCGGAGACCGUCUGGAGUACUGACACUGGGGAGGCUGUGUACCGCUCCCGGGACCCCGUGCGCAACUUGCGCCUCCGAGUCCACCUCCAAAGAAUCACAUCAAGCAACUUUCUCCAUUACCAGCCUGCUACACAGCCUGGGAAGGACCUCAUAGACUUGGCCACUUUUAGGCCCCAUCCCACCGCCAGUGGACAUCGCCCAGAUGAAGAUGAAGAAGAAGAGGUUGUGAUCGGGUGGCAGGAGAAACUCUUUAGCCAGUUUGAGGUCGAUUUGUACCAAAAUGAAGCAGCCUGUCAGAGCCCUUUGGAUCAUCAAUACCGUCAAGAAAUUCUGAAGCUGGAGGACUCGGGUAACAGGAAGAACCGGCGAAUCUUUACCUACACUGACUCUGAUAGAUAUACCAACUUGGAGGAGCACUGUCAGAAAAUGACCACCGCAGCCAGUGAGGUACCAUCUUUCUUGGUCGAGCGAAUGGCAAAUGUCAGGCGGCGGCGGCAGGACAGACGAGGGAUGGAGGGUGGCAUCCUCAAGUCACGCAUCGUCACCUGGGAACCCUCAGAAGAGUUUGUCAGGAAUAGUCAUGUCAUUAACACCCCUCUUCAGACAAUGUACAUCAUGGCAGACCUGGGGCCCUAUGGAAAGCUUGGCUAUAAGAAGUAUGAACAGGUGCUCUGUACACUGAAGGUGGACAGCAAUGGCGUGAUCACAGUAAAGCCUGACUUCACUGGCCUCAAAGGGCCCUACAGAAUCGAGACGGAGGGGGAAAAGCAGGAGCUGUGGAAGUAUACAAUUGAUAACGUGUCAUCGCUCGCACAGCCGGAGGAGGAGGAGCGGGAACAGCGUGUGUUCAAGGAUCUUUAUGGUCGGCACAAGGAGUACCUCAGCAGCCUCGUGGGCACUGACUUUGAGAUGACUGCGCCAGGUGCACUCCGGCUCUUUGUAAACGGAGAGGUUGUUUCAGCCCAAGGCUAUGAGUAUGAUAAUCUCUACGUUCACUUCUUUGUGGAAUUGCCAACUAGCUGGUCAAGCCCAGCAUUCCAACAGCUUUCAGGAAUAACACAGACCUGUACCACCAAAUCCCUGGGAAUGGACAGGGUGGCGCAUUUCUCCUACCCCUUCACGUUUGAGGCCUCUUUCCUCCACGAGGACGAGUCUGCUGAUGCUCUCCCAGAGUGGCCUGUGCUCUACUGUGAGGUCCUGUCACUGGACUUCUGGAAGAGGUAUCGUGUGGAAGGCUAUGGGGCCGUGGUGCUGCCUGCCAACCCAGGUUCCCACACCCUGACAGUGUCUACAUGGAGACCCAUGGAGCUGGGCACGAAGGCUGAACUGAGGAGGUUUUUCAUUGGUGGUUCUCUGGAACUGGAAGACCUUGCCUACGUGAGGGUACCAGGAACCUUUAAGGGGGAGCGUCUGAGCCGCUUCGGGUUCCGCACGGAGACCACCGGUAGUGUCACCUUCCGCUUCCACUGUCUGCAGCAGUCUAGGGCCUUCAUGGAAUCAAGUUCCCUCCGGAAAAGGAUGCAGAGCGUGCUGGACCGCCUGGAAGGAUUCAGCCAGCAGAGUUCCAUUCACAAUGUGCUGGAGGCUUUCCAUCGAGCUCGGCGCCGCAUGCAGGAGGCCCGUGAAAGCCUUCCCCAGGACCUAGUGAGCCCCUCUGGAACUACAGUCUCCUAG